AUGACUUUGCUCGAAAGAGUGAAAAUCUCCGACUGGAGAAUGGAAAUCUUCACCUUGGCCUUUACAUUCUUGUUUGUUCUUUUCUACAAAGGUGGUGAUUUGUACAACUACAGCAAGGUGUCGUCUUUUCUUGCUGGUGUCAAGGAUGUCUUUGAGGACAAUUUCGCCCAGUACGGCGUUGGCGACGGCAAGUUGUAUGUCAAGGAUAGUGCUGAAUCCUACUCCUCUUACGCAUCUGGACGUGAGAACAUCGAGAAGGUCAAUAUCAACUUCAAAUUGGCUCCUAGACAGAACAUCUUCUUGUGGAUUAUGGAGACUGGCUUCAGCUUUUUCACCGAAUCUGUGCCGGCUCCAAAUGAUAGGGUCGACAUCUCAAUUACACCAUCUGGGGACUACGAGAACUUCAUCAGUGCAAUUGUUUCAAAGAUUGGUAUGAGUGACCACAGAAAGUUCAACUACUACUUGGCUUUGACUAAGACCAGUGACUCUGACAAAUUGCCCGAGUCCUUCGUGUUCAUGAGUGAAGUCAAUGAGUUCCAUGAGAAGACUUUUACUGAAAAGCUUGCCUCAUCCUUGACCUUGGGCUUGGCUUCUGUGGUGAGGUUCAUCGCUUUCACCGAUCAGCCAAAUGAGAAGCCCGAAGCUAUUCGCGACUUGUAUCCCCAGCGCAGAGUCGUUAUUUCGUUGAACUUGACCGGCAACAAGCAAGAGUUGAAGGAGGUAUCUGAUGUUCUUGGUGCAGUUUUCGAGAUUGUUGACGAGUUGUCAGAGAAGAAGAUCACCUUCAAGCCCGAGGCUGUUAGAAAGGUAGUCAAGAACAGAGAGCUCGAAAUCUCCAAGCUCGAGAAGCUUGAGGAGGAUAUCAAAAAGGAAGCCGAGGCCGAGGAAAGAGCUAAGUUGAAGAGGCAAGAGAGGGAGAAGUUCAGAAACUUGUCGAGAGAGGAGCAAAUGAAGGCCGAGAAGAAAGCUCAAGACAGGAAGCAGAGAAAAGCCAUGAAGAAAAUGAAGGUGAGAAGUUAG